CUGAACCGGCCCGACUACUUCAGUGUGUGAAGAAUGGAUCCUUAUCAGCGCCAAAGAGACCGAGGCCCCCCCCGGAGAAACACUCACCUGUCAGAAGGUGCAUCAAACAUUCCUGCUAUUGAUCAAACACCUGAUACUCCGGACUCAAAUAACGCACCGGACAGCGGAAAUCCACCUGCGACAGACAGACGGCCUCAGUACUCAGGUGGAUUCACCGUGAUCCCACCAAAUGAAUCUCGGCGAAGCAAGAUGCAAAUGAUGGCUCAAAAAGAGGAGGAGGAGCUGCAGAAAUGGAAAGAGACAAACAGAGUCUCUUCUGUGCACGUGAAUCCACAGAGGCUGGGUGGUGAUGUAACAUUGGCUGAAGCCAGACAGAAGCAGCUUACAGACCUGCGUUGCUCCAAACUUCAGAAGAAGCUGAGGCAGGAGGAGCAGGACAGGAGGAGGAGAGAAGAAGAGGAGGCCAAUCUGCAGAGGAAGAAGGCCGAACAGAGGCAGAAGGCUGAGCGCCUGGAGGAGAGGAGCCGACAGGAGGAGCAGAGCAGGAGGGAGCAGUUCAGGCAGGAUCACCUCAGGGCAAAGGCGAGUUUUCUGCAGAGGUUUGAGAGGAGCGCCCCACGUCCACUGGCAUCCAGCAGUGCCACACACACGUCAUCCAGGACUGAAGCUGUGGAGAUUAAACAGGAGAAAAGUGAGAGAGAAGUUCAGCUGGAUCACAGGAGGGUGAACUCAGUCUUCCUGGACAAACUCGAGGCUCGGGGCGGAGGGAGCGAGACAGAGACCAAGCGGGAAAGAGGCGUUCAGGAGGCAGAGCGUCCCCGUUCGGCCUCUGAGCAUUUAAGACACCAGCCGUCCACCACAACGGGACAAGUCCCCCUCGCUCACCUGAAACCUGAUCCAGAGCAGAGCUGCCCCGGCUGGACACAGGAAGCUGACCCGGAGCCUGACUACAACUGGUCCUUGAUGAAACUGAUGAACAGCUUUCCAGACUACAACAAAGCAUUCCUGGAGGACAUCCUCGACCAGUGCAACGGCGACUACGAGCAGGCGUACACUCUACUCAUCUGCAUACUCAGCUGAAGUUUACAUUUCUUUCACUCAAUAAAAAGCAUAACCAGUGUUGAGGUGAUAAAGAAUAGCUGGAAAUCAGCUACAUACCUUGGUGGUGGAUGAAAGCAACUGCAUUAAAUAUAUACCCACUGAGCAGUAUGCACUUCCUAUAAUGUGUUUUUGAUUAUGCUAUUAAUCAUUGAGUGUUUGGUGUCUUGUAUCUGUCUGCGUGCACCAGUGAGUCAUGUUGGGGUUUUGCCCUGACGUGGAGUUGAAUCGAUUUUAGUUUUCGCCAGUUUAGUUGAAGGUCAUCGCCGUGACUCAUAAUCUUCAGAUCAUAUUUGGGGCUUUUAAUUGAAUCAAUGUGUGCAGAGGGAGGACGGCUCUACCCAAAUACAUGAUGCUUUUUGUUUGUUUUAAAAAAUCAAAGUCACAUGUGAUGCAUCUAUAGCAGGAUUCUCACAUCACAUCAAAAGAUGCAAAUCCAAAUAGGAUUUUCUACUGACAGGGAUUUUAUGAUCGUUUUCAGUUUAACUUCACAGCAGCUUUAGAGGAUUUAAAUAAAACACCUUUUUGUUAGCGCCAACUGUUUUAAGUUUGGGUGUUGUCGCUAUAGAAAGUGGGUGAGGUUUCCAGGUGGGCAGAGGGCACAGAGCUGCUGGAAAUGGCAGCUUCAUAACGACACUGAGCUGGACGGCGGAGAUGGUUAUCACCCGACCGAGGCAACAAAGAACAAAGGGUGGUGCUCUCAACAUGGGGGGACUAAAAAAAAAAGAAAGAAAAAAAGAAAAUCCCCUUCGUCUAUUUUGGCAUGAAGCAAAGCAAAGAGCAUUUUACUGCUGAUGUCAUCCAGUAAAUGUCUUCACCCUGGAGAUCAACAAGAAACUCAGUGUCACCCCUGGCAGCUCUGCACUCAUCAAGACCAUAUCAUGUAACUGACAAAAGGUAGAAAAGAUCUCGGUAAUUUCCUGAAAAGAACCGAGUCGUAUGACAACAAGGAGAAUAUUCAUUUCUGUGAAUAAACUUCUCAAUUUAAA